AUUGAAUAGCCCAGAUCAGGCCUAUCAUCAGAACCAACCCCAGUUAGCGAUUACUUUUCUGUGUUCACUUUCACAGUUUUCCCUUUUAGUAAAAACACUUGGGAGAAGCAGAAAAUGAUAUCAGCCCAAAAAUCUAUGGCUGCUUUCACCUCUUUCUCUUUUCUUCGUAAUUAUGCAACGACUGGAAGGAUUGUUGCAAUUGUGAGAGCCUCACCACGACUCUCUUCUUCUCCCACCUCCAUCAAUUUUCUAACACCAAAUCACUCACGCAGAUAUCUAUGUCGUGCUAGUCCUACACAUGAUGAAGAGGCUGCGGCAAAGGCAGCUGCAAUCAAUGCUGAUAAUGGAGCUCCAACCAUAUUUGACAAGAUCAUAGCUAAGGAAAUUCCUUCAACCAUCGUGUAUGAAGAUGAUAAAGUCUUAGCAUUCAAAGACAUCAGUCCGCAGGCUCCUGUUCAUGUUUUGGUGAUUCCAAAGUUUAGGGAUGGGUUGACACAGCUUGGGAAGGCUGAACAAAGGCAUGGAGAGAUACUGGGUCAACUUCUUUAUGCUGCUAGAAUUGUUGCUGAAAAGGAAGGCAUUCUUGAUGGGUUUCGGGUUGUUAUCAAUAAUGGUCCUAGUGCCUGUCAAUCGGUUUAUCAUCUUCACUUGCAUGUCCUAGGUGGGAGACAGAUGAAAUGGCCACCUGGUUAAAGAGUUGAAUUACUUAACGUAUGCUUGCAACUUUAUGCCUUAUAUUUCAUUUGUUUUAUCUCUACCCUCUUAUAUUCUCAUUUCUAGAGUUUGAAAUGGCCUAAUGUACUUUGAAUCUAAAACCUUGGAGAGAUGAUGAGAAAAUUGGGUUUGGUGGUGAA